AUGUUGAUAUUAAGCUAAAUUGAAUCACAUAAUUUCUAAAAGUAUUUUCCGCAUAAUAAUUAGAUUAAUAUUGACAGAUCCUUUGAGUGAUUAGAUUAUAGAUUUAAUUUUUGAAAUUAAAGAGCACAUGCCGAGGUAUUAAGACUUCCACGUCUAAUCGGACCUCUUAGAGGCUGAAUAUGGUAUGGCUUAUAAAGAUGACCAUCAGUUACUUGAAGAAUUAGAAAUCCUAGCCUUAUCAAUUAGGGGUUACCCUGACUAUCGUUUAAAAAUGGGAGAUGGAAUAAAAAAAAAAAUUUCUUAGAGACUCAAAUCAGAAGAAGAAGAGAAGCAAGACACUUUCUAUAAGAUUCAAUGA